AUGAGGGGCUGGCUGUGGACCAUGCUGUGGCUGAUGAGAGAUGUGAAUGGGUGGACCAAGUUUCAGCCAGUAAAGUAUCCCCAAAUUACCAACCAAACCUUUAUCAAGCAGUGUGUCGAUGCACACAACAAGCACCGCUCUGAAGUCAAGCCAGCAGCUUCCAACAUGCUGUACAUGACCUGGGAUGUAGCUUUAGCUAGAACAGCUAGAGCAUGGGGAAAGAGAUGCAUUUUUAUACGAAACUAUUUUAUAGAGCACAAUGGAAGUGGUCACCCUGAUCCUAAAUUGAAGCGCCUUGGAGAAAAUAUACGGAUUACAAAUGCUGGAAGAAAACCUUUUGAUCCAACUCAUUUAAUUAGGUCAUGGUACUCAGAAGUUGCUUUCUACCAAUACCACAACAAUACAUGUAAAGGCAAAUGUAGUCAUUAUAUUCAGAUUGUUUGGGAUGCCUCUUAUAAGAUUGGAUGUGCUAUAGUUUUCUGCCGUAAACUGGGUCGACACAGAAAUAUUGAAAAUUUUGUGUGCAAUUAUGCUCCAAGGUAUCAAUGA